UAAUUGAAUUGUUGUUAAAAUGAAUCGUUACACCUAUAAUGAGUACCAAAGUUAUUUCUGAAGAUGGGUGGCAUCAUGGUACUGUUUACAGAAGAAGAACUUCACUGAGUUUCUGGUGUUAACAGUUUAUGAUAGAUUUGUUUAUGUGUUAACAUCAGAAGAUUUAACAUACUCUAGUAUUCCCUGUAUCCUCUUACUAUAAUAUACUGUAUAUAUAUAUAUAUAUAUAUAUAUAUACAUACAUAGAUACAGCUUUUUGAAAAAAUAAAUACAUGUUUAAAAUUCAACGUCAUCCAUUUUAUAUGAUUAAUAUUAAUCUUUAUCUUAAAAAAUGUUUGUCUUUUCAAUAUUUAAAAAACAAGCAGCAUAAAAACAGAAAAAUGAAAAUGUAAUGUAUGCACCAAUGAAGAUUAAGAGUGUGUUUGAUAAAAAAGAGAAAAAAACAGCCUUGUUUGUCAGAGUUAGAGUCCACACUUGUCACAUAUAGUAAGACUUCAGUUCAAAAAAAGCUUUAUGCUGCCCGCAUUUCAAGGCUCAGCAUUCGAGAGCAUGAAACAAGAAAAGUGGGUGAAAACACUCAAUAAAUGUCUGCACCACUACAUGGACUUACUUGCCAACAAACAGUGUCAUUAGAGCUGAAUCCAGCACGUUGCUUGGAUUACUUAAGACGCUUUAAAUGAGAGACUAAUUGUUGACAAUAACCUGCUUUUUAGCAGCAGCUGGCACGUGCACACUUAAGCACAGCAAGACAAUAGAGGAGCUAUUAAGAUAAUUCUACAAGCAAUUACUCUUAGACGAACAAAAAAAAAAAAGAGUAAGAGAGUGAGAGAAAGGUAGCUUUGACGAAACUGGCUUCCCCUCGCUCUUCCUCUCUUGUCUUCCUGCACUCUCUCACAAGCUCAUUACGCACCCUCUCUUUAGAAGAGACUUGGAGCAGAUCAGAAAAGCAGGAACAGUCCUGACAGAGAGCGAAAAGCAACCUGCAGGUGUCAGUACAAGCAUUGAAAAUGAUGUCUUCAAUGAACAAGCAAGUAAAAAGAAGCCACUUCUAGAGCCAUGGAGAUGCCAGGUUCUCUUUUUCAGAAGAAAAAAACUAACUGCAAACUUCACAUGGAUAAAUGGGUUGAAUAAACACAUGAAAGUCUAAUUCUUCUGGGAUCCUAACACCAAAAGGACACCAAAGAGUUUGGAAAAGCUAAAGCCUGGAGAAUGUGGUGCAGUACCUCCAUUGAAUAUUAAAUAGAAAAUAUGAACGAGCUACAGCGUCAGCUUUUUCAUAAAGUUAACAUCUUUCAACUAAUUAAAAAAGUCACGAUGCCGCCAGUGAAAAACCACUAAUAAUGUUGUCAAAAGUGGUGCUGGGUGUCAUUCUGUCCCUCCUCAUCCUCCUGACUGUGGGUGGUAAUGUGCUGGUGUGUCUGGCUGUCUGUGCCUCUCGACGCCUCCGCUGCCUCACCAACUGCUUCAUCGUGUCGCUGGCUGUGACAGACCUGCUGCUCGGCCUCCUGGUCCUCCCCUUCUCUGCCCUCAUCCUCAUCAGUGACGACUGGCCCCUGGGUCCAGUCUUCUGCAACUUCUACAUCUCGAUGGAUGUCAUGCUGUGCACUGCCUCCAUUCUCACAUUGCUGGCCAUCAGUGUGGACCGCUACCUGGCAGUGACCAUGCCUCUAAGAUAUACCUCCCUAGUGGUGCCAUGGAGAGUUGGAGUAGCCAUGAUGAGCGUGUGGAUAGUGUCUGUGGCCUUGUCUUUUUUGCCCAUCCAAAUGGGCUGGAACACGGUUAACGGAACCGUACAGAACCAGGGACCGUGGGCUUCAGACAGGAGGUGUCGCUUUGAGCUGAACAGACCUUACGUCCUCACAGACUCCCUUCUCACAUUUUACCUUCCUCUGGUUGCCAUGUGCUGGACCUAUCUCCAAAUACUACGCAUUGCACGGGUGCAGGCCAAGCGCAUCAUCAGCACCAGGCCGACCUGCGUCACCAGCUAUGACUGCAGAAGCAAUCCUCCCACCAGCACCACUCUGGUUUGCAGUGUUACAGCCGUGGCGCUGCGGGAGCACAAAGCCACAGUGACUCUAGCAGCUGUGAUUGGCGCAUUUGUGGUGUGUUGGUUACCCUAUUUCAUUCUGUUCACAGUGUUAGGACUGAGGGAGCAUCCAGACCCUGCCAUAGUCCCUGCAUACCCUGUUGUGCUGUGGCUUGGAUAUGCCAACUCAGCCCUCAAUCCUUUCCUCUACGGCGUCCUGAACAGGGACUUUAGGGCAGCAUACUCCCAUCUACUGAGAUGCAGCUUCCAUUCUUACAGUGGCUGUAGGAUCAAAAAAUCAUCGCCUACCGCAGGAGCAGCCAGAGAGCAUCUCACUGAGAUGAUGCUGCUGUGUGGCCAAACCCCUGCCACCUGCAGGGCAGCUAUAACAGAUCAAAAUGUCAUGCAUGAGGGAAAAAACAGCAGGACAGCAACAACAGCUAUCCACUUUGCAAAUGGCACUGCUGUCACAGAUGUCACUGGUAAUGACAGGGAAACUGCUCUUCAGUGUGUAUUUAUGUUACACUUCACUUACGGAAAAUGUUGCAGAGAGUGUGCCCCAGUGGAAACAUGAAGAACCACAGCUUGGAGUAGGGAAAUAGAAUUUUCAUUACCAACUGAUGUUUAGUGUGAAUCACUCGGCGAAUGGCAGUUAGGAAUAAAGCACACAUGUCGGAGCUGAAUCAACCCGAGUGCUUGAAGUGUGAAGCAUGUAUUUUUGUGUCAGUGCCGAAGGAUACAGCCACACUUACGUCUGUCGUCAUGUUGUAGCGUGAAGCUGAGAAACGUAUCUGUAGACUCAUUAUGUAAAUGUGACUAAGGACUGAAUGUAUGGCAUGCACCAUUCAUUAAAAAUAAAAA